AUCCUUCCCCUUGUUGAGCUCGUGCUACCCUUUACUCAGCUCAACCACGGGGGACAUGGCGUGAUCGAGCAGCACCUGCUUGAAGUGAAGCAGGCGCUAGGGUACCCGCUGGAGCCCUCCCACACGCUCGGCGACGAUAACAACCCCGCCAGAGAGCUUGACACGCUUUUGUACCUGGCGUUUCAGCACGAGUCGACUCAGAGGAGCAAGGUGCGGCACGUGCGGUAUGGCCACUCCAGACUCUUCUUUCUGGGGCAGUACGUGCUGGAGCUGGUCUUCGCCGAGUUUUUCUUGCAGAGGUAUCCGAGGGAAUCGCCUGCUUCCAUUAGGGAGCGUGUUUUUGGGCUGAUCGGGAAGAGGAACAUGCCCAAGUGGAUUAAAGCUUCGAGCUUGCACAAUUUGGUGUUCCCAUAUGAUGAUAUGGAUAAGUUGGUCCGGAAGGAAAGGGAGGCAACUGUAAAGUCUGUGUUUUGGGCUUUGUUUGGAGCAAUCUAUCUCUGUUUUGGUAUGCCAGAAGUAUAUCGUGUUCUCUUUGAAGUCUUUGGAAUGGAUCCAGAUGCUGAGGAAUGCCAGCCCAAAUUGCGUAGGCAACUUGAAGAUAUAGAUCAUGUAUCUGCCGAGUUUGAAGGCAAGAUAAGCUGGCAGGAUAUGGUUGCGUACAAGCCUCCUGCAGAUGCCUUGUUUGCACAUCCACGGCUCUUCAGAGCUUGUGUUCCUCCAGGCAUGCAUCGGUUUAGAGGAAAUAUAUGGGAUUAUGAUUGCAAACCGCAAAUUAUGCGAGUCCUUGGAUAUCCACUAAAAAUGACAGAUAGAAUUCCAGAAAUUACUAAAGCCAGGAACAUAGAGCUUGAUCUUGGUUUGCAGCUAUGUUUCUUGCACCCAUCAAAGUACAAAUUUGAUCAUCCUCGAUUUUGCUACGAGAGAUUAGAAUACCUUGGCCAAAAGAUUCAGGAUUUGGUAAUGGCUGAAAGAUUGUUGAUGAAGCAUUUAGAUGCUCCAGGGUCAUGGUUACAAAAUAAGCACCGGAGGUUUCUUAUGAACAAGUUUUGUGGAAGAUAUUUGAGGUAUAAAAAUCUCCACCACUUUAUUAUAUAUUCCGAAGAGGUUCAAGACGCAUAUCAGCGCAGCUAUAGACUGAAAUACCCAGUCAAUACGGCUGUUCAACAGGCCCUUCACGGGCUUUCAUACGCUGUUUAUGGUAAACGUGAUGUGAGGCGUCUGAUGUUUGAAGUUUUUGACUUCGAGCAAAUCCAGCCUGAGCCAAUGUAAAUAUGAAGAGACAGUACAAUAGUGACAAGGAUAGAAGCAUUACACAUGAUCAUUUGGUCCCUUGCUUUAAUUGAUUUGCAAGUUCUUUUGAAGUUGCCCUUGUAUAUAUAUAUAUUCAUUGUAUACUAUUAAUUUUGAA